AUGUUAACACAAGAAGAAAUUCAAAGUUAUAAAAAAAAUGGUUAUCUAGUUGUAAAACAAUUGAUAACUAUUGAUGAUUGUCAAAAAUUAAAAGAAUCUGUCCAACAAUUAAUUCAUAAAUGGAAUCCUGAACAAGAUAGUCAAUGUGUAUUUUCUGCAAAUAGUAAUACUCAACAAUCAAAAAGUCGAUAUUUUCUUGAUAGUGGUGAUAAUAUAUCAUUUUUUAUUGAAGAAGAUGCAAUUGAUUUAAAUACAAAAAAACUCAAUCGAGAUAAAUAUCAUAGUGUUAAUAAAAUUGGACAUGCACUUCAUACACUUGAACCACAAUUUAAAAAAGUUUCAUUUUCGGAUAAAAUCAAAUCUAUUGUGCAUGAAUUAGAUUUUAUUAAACCAGCUAUAUGUCAAUCAAUGUAUAUUUUUAAACAACCACUUAUUGGAGCAAAAGUUACUCCACAUCAAGAUGGUACAUUUCUUUAUAAUGAACCACUUAAAAUUAUGGGUGUAUGGAUUGCACUUGAAGAUGCUACUAUUGAAAAUGGUUGUCUUUGGUUUAUACCUGGUUCACAUACAUAUCCUAUUAAUCGUCGUUAUGUUCGUAAUUCUAAUGAACAAGAAUUUAACAAUGGACAAAUGUUAAUAUUUACAGGAACUGAAGAUAAAUAUGAUGAUAAAGAUUUUGUUCCAAUUGAAAUAAAAGCUGGAGAUGCCAUUCUUAUUCAUGGACAAGCAGUACAUAAAAGUGAACAAAAUACAUCACCAAUUUCAAGACAAAUCUAUACAUUUCAUAUAAUUGAAAUGAAUGAUUCAGAAUAUAGUAAAGAGAAUUGGCUACAAACAAACGAACCAUUUCCAUUAAUUCAUUGA